CUGUUUGAAUCUCUACUUCCAGGUCAUCGAGAUGAAGGCGAUUAUGACGAACCUUCUCAUGACAUUGAUUGGGGCCACAACAUCGAAUUCCCGAAACAUCACACAUGGCUAGAAUAUCCAGAAAUAGAUGAUGAAGCCCCCUUCAGAAAGACCAAGGACAUCAUUGAGGACCCCAACAAGGGUAUCAUGACUUUAGAAGAACGCCAGCCUGUAAAACGAAGCAUCAGAAUUCGUAACAAGCAACGAGCUAAAGAUCCAAAAUAUCGUAAAGGUUUGGAAGAACUUGCUGAUCUUGUCUAA